AUGGGGAGAGCGAGCCCGAGAGAGCAAGCCCGAGAGAGCAAGCCCGAGAGAGCAAGCCCGGAGGAGAGCAAGCCCGAGGAGAGCGAGCCCGAGAGAGCAAGCCCGGGGAGAGCGAGCCCGAGAGAGCGAGCCCGAGAGAGCAAGCCCGAGAGAGCGAGCCCGAGAGAGCGAGCCCGAGAGAGCAAGCCCGAGAGAGCAAGCCCGGAGAGAGCAAGCCCGAGGAGAGCAAGCCCGAGGAGAGCAAGCCCGGGGAGAGCGAGCCCGAGAGAGCAAGCCCGAGAAAGCGAGCCCGAGAAAGCGAGCCAGAGAGAGCAAGCCCGAGAAAGCGAGCCCGAGAGAGCAAGCCCGAGAGAGCGAGCCCGAGAGAGCGAGCCCGAGAGAGCAAGCCCGAGAAAGCGAGCCCGAGAGAGCAAGACGGAGAGAGCGAGCCCGAGAGAGCGAGCCCAAGAGAGCAAGCCCGAGAGAGCAAGCCCGAGAGAGCGAGCCCGAGACAGCGAGCCCGAGAGAGCAAGCCCGGAGAGAGCAAGCCCGAGGAGAGCAAGCCCGAGGAGAGCAAGCCCGGGGAGAGCGAGCCCGAGAGAGCAAGCCCGAGAAAGCGAGCCCGAGAAAGCGAGCCCGAGAGAGCAAGCCCGAGAAAGCGAGCCCGAGAGAGCAAGCCCGAGAGAGCGAGCCCGAGAGAGCGAGCCCGAGAGAGCAAGCCCGAGAAAGCGAGCCCGAGAGAGCAAGACGGAGAGAGCGAGCCCGAGAGAGCGAGCCCAAGAGAGCAAGCCCGAGAGAGCAAGCCCGAGAGAGCGAGCCCGAGAGAGCGAGCCCGAGAGAGCAAGCCCGGAGAGAGCAAGCCCGAGGAGAGCAAGCCCGAGGAGAGCAAGCCCGGGGAGAGCGAGCCCGAGAGAGCAAGCCCGAGAAAGCGAGCCCGAGAAAGCGAGCCCGAGAGAGCAAGCCCGAGAAAGCGAGCCCGAGAGAGCAAGCCCGAGAGAGCGAGCCCGAGAGAGCGAGCCCGAGAGAGCAAGCCCGAGAAAGCGAGCCCGAGAGAGCAAGACGGAGAGAGCGAGCCCGAGAGAGCGAGCCCAAGAGAGCAAGCCCGAGAGAGCAAGCCCGAGAGAGCGAGCCCGAGAGAGCGAGCCCGAGAGAGCGAGCCCGAGAGAGCGAGCCCGAGAGAGCAAGCCCGGGGAGAGCGAGCCCGAGAGAGCGAGCCCGGGGAGAGCGAGCCCGAGAGAGCGAGCCCGAGAGAGCGAGCCCGAGAGAGCGAGCCCGAGAGAGCGAGCCCGAGAGAGCGAGCCCGAGAGAGCAAGCCCGAGAGCCGAGAGAGCAAGCCCAAGAGAGCAAGCCCGAGAGAGCAAGCCCGGAGAGAGCAAGCCCGAGGAGAGCAAGCCCGGUGAGAGCGAGCCCGAGAGAGCAAGCCCGAGAAAGCGAGCCCGAGAGAGCGAGCCCGAGAGAGCAAGCCCGAGAAAGCGAGCCCGAGAGAGCGAGCCCGAGAGAGCAAGCCCGAGAGAGCAAGCCCGGAGAGAGCAAGCCCGAGGAGAGCAAGCCCGAGGAGAGCAAGCCCGGGGAGAGCGAGCCCGAGAGAGCAAGCCCGAGAAAGCGAGCCCGAGAAAGCGAGCCCGAGAGAGCAAGCCCGAGAAAGCGAGCCCGAGAGAGCGAGCCCGAGAGAGCGAGCCCGAGAGAGCGAGCCCGAGAGAGCGAGCCCGAGAGAGCAAGCCCGAGAAAGCGAGCCCGAGAGAGCAAGCCCGGAGAGAGCGAGCCCGAGAGAGCGAGCCCAAGAGAGCAAGCCCGAGAGAGCGAGCCCGAGAGAGCAAGCCCGAGAGAGCGAGCCCGAGAGAGCGAGCCCGAGAGAGCAAGCCCGGGGAGAGCGAGCCCGAGAGAGCGAGCCCGGGGAGAGCGAGCCCGAGAGAGCGAGCCCGAGAGAGCGAGCCCGAGAGAGCGAGCCCGAGAAAGCAAGCCCGAGAGCCGAGAGAGCAAGCCCAAGAGAGCAAGCCCGAGAGAGCAAGCCCGGAGAGAGCAAGCCCGAGGAGAGCAAGCCCGAGGAGAGCAAGCCCGAGAGAGCGAGCAAGAGAGAGCAAGCCCGAGAGAGCGAGCCCAAGAGAGCGAGCCCGAGAGAGCGAGCCCGAGAGAGCAAGCCCGAGAGAGCGAACCCGAGAGAGCAAGCCCGGGGAGAGCGAGCCCGAGAGAGCAAGCCCGGGGAGAGCGCGCCCGAGAGAGCAAGCCCGAGAGAGCGAGCCCGAGAGAGCGAGCCCGAGAGAGCAAGCCCGGGGAGAGCGAGCCCGAGAGAGUGAGACCGUGAGAGCGAGCCCGAGAGAGCAAGCCCGGGGAGAGCGAGCCCGAGGCCGUUGCGAACGGGUGACCCCCGUGAGCGUACAUGCUUUCAACGCUGCGGGGAGGUGGCGGGUCGCAAAGCGGCUUGCGAUCUGCUCUGUGGAGUCGCAAGGACUUGAAGUGAAAUAUUCUGAGAUAGCUUCAGAAUGCAUAGCUUAA